UUUGGAUUGAUUGUUAGCAACUCUGCCGCACAGGCUGCUUUCCAAAUCUCGAACGCGAAAUACGCACCCAGUGAGAAGACAUCUACGCAUGCCGAAAGCAGGGUCUUUCACAUCAUCAACCGUCCCUUCUACUGUCUUCCUCGUCAUCUUCCUCAAGACCCUCAGGACCAAGACGGAAACUUCAACCCAGCACCCAGAUUCCUUCCCUUGGAUCUGGUUCUCUACAAUCUUUCGCGCCGUGGCAAUGGAGAGAUUUCAGCAGCCAUCUCUACAGUGCCACCCGAAAAAGCGAAUAAAGGACACGAAUUCCUGAGAGCAAGUAUAGGAUACGACUUGAGCGACGUGGGACACGCCGAGCUCGCAUACGCACCAAGCCAGACACAGCACCCCGGAUAUACUGGCAUUACAGAUACUUACAUGGAGUUUGUGAGAAGUGGCAUUAUUGUACCAGUAAGAGGAUGGGUUGACAGUGUUGCACAGGCAAGUGACGGUGUCUCCCUAGACAUUGGUCUGAAGCAGUACGAGCCCUGGUAUCAUGGAUCGGGGAAAGAGCCAAAGAGCCAGAGCAAGAUCUGCGACGUCGUGGGUAUCAUCGAAGCUACCGGCUACAAAGCCGACCUGGACUGGCUUGACCCUUGCGUCAGAGGCCUUCUUGCCGACGAUAGCACCGCACCAAAUUCACGUAUACCAUAUCUCCUUUCCCGUGGGUCGGUGUUCUCUCAGCGAGUCCCUACAAUUGGGUUUGUGGGCUUCUAUGAGGGUCCUUAUUGGGGGGUGAUGGAGAUGCAAGCUCGACUUCUUGCUCAAAGCUGGGCCAAGCGGGAUUCUGAGCAGCUGCCGUCUUUAUUGUCCGAAUUACACAGAUACGAUGACACGAAACGCAUGCAAGAAGCGAUGAACCAGAAAUCGCUACAGGUACCUCAGUUCUGGAUGGCAGAUUACGUUGGUUUGAUUGAAGAAUUUGCACGAGGAACAGGCGCCUCGCGCGACGACUCGCUAUUUGGCGGCCAAACGGGUCCUACCUUUCCAUCGCGCUAUCACCAUGCAGGUACCAAUGCCCAGGCGAAGGAAGUAGUCGAAGACGUUGCCAAGGUACUCCAGGCUUCCCAAGAAGAUGCUCGGUUCGUUGCUGCCGCAGUGUUUACAGGUAUGCAAGGUGUGUGGAACAUGACACGCAAAAUUGACUCACAUACCAACACACCUGGCGGCGUGUUUGUGGGCACAGCACACUUCCACCCACGCCAAUCUACCGAUCCAACCACUUACAUAUCCGAAUACCUGUACGUCGAACAAGGCACAUUCACCAUGGAUACUGGCCUGUCUUUUCCUGCGACUCGCCGUUACAUCUAUCGAUACAAUGAGAUACGCGACGAGAUCACAGCAUGGUUUGCUAAAGAUGACAACAAAAGUGUAGGAGCACUGUUCAACACGUGGGGGUUCUACGCGCCAGUUGACAACAAGUCUGGAUGGAUGGCCAAAGGUUAUCAUUGGUGUGAUCCGGAUACGUACCGCAAUCACUGCGAGUUCAAGUUUCGCGGUGCGAAGAUUGAGCGAUUCAUGAUCAGAUACGAGGUUGAGGGACCGAAGAAGGAUUACUCGCAUGAGAGCUGGUAUGAGAGAGCAGGGGCUAGCAGCAGUUGA